ACGUCGGUUUAGUGACCGGCCACGACGCAAAUACAACAUUUAUUCUCUUUUAGGCCGCAGAUUUCUAGAAGUGGCGCAGAUUCUAGUUUCAAAAGGACGCUGAGGCCUAAAUAGUUUAUAGCUGUUUGUUUGUCUAAACAGUAGAAUGAAUACAUUAAGCAGCUUGUUGGACAGGAUCAUUCACAUUUGCUUUAAAAUAUUACUUGGUGUAGCUUGAACAUGGCGGAUUUGGAAACCGGAGUGUCGUUACUGUUAAAGAAGCUUCUCGUCUCCUCUCACUUGAUGGACAGCAGCUUUUGCGUCCAUUCCUACCUCUGAUUGGCUAACGCCACCCGUCACAACGAAACCAGCCAGAACAGACUUUAGUUGAAGCUCCGCCCUGAAUCGAAGGCAACGAAACCAGCCAGUCAGACUUUAGUUGAGGCUCCGCCCUGAAUCGAAGGCAACGAAACCAGCCAGUCAGACUUUAGUUGAAGCUCCGCCCUGAACAGGAAGUGAUCGCGCUCGGAUGUUCACACCAAAAUCUUUCUUAUCCAAUGCGGCUGUGAUCUGCUCUCUGUCCCGGACGACAUGACUCUGAUGGCUUUCUCCUGUUUAUUGAUCCUCUCACUGGGCUCUGUAUCUGGAGAUGUGGUACAAGUGAAACCUGGAGAUGAUGUUGUUCUGCCAUGUCAGGCUGGUGAAGCCUUCAUCAGAGCUGCAGAGUGGAGCAGACCUGACCUGGAGCCACCAGAGACCGUCCUCUUUUACAGAGAUGGACACACAGAUCCAGCCCUCCAGCAUUCAUUGUUUAAAGGCCGGGUGCAGCUGGUGGACAGAGAGCUGAAGGACGGAGACGUGUCUUUACUUCUGAAGAACGUGAACAGCAACGACACUGGAACAUACGAGUGUCGAGUUGCAACAGGAGUUUCUUCAAGAAUUAAGAGAGCCAUCAUUGAGAGUGAGCCAAUCAGAAUCAUCCAGCUGGAGGUUUCAGGUUCCAACAGCGGAGACGUCGAGGAGGGAAACUACGGUCUUUACUACGGAUCUGUAGCAGGUUUUGUUCUGGUUUGUUUAGCUGCUGUUGGAUUGGCUGUUGGCUGGAAAUAUAAAAGAGAUAAGAACAAGAAAUCCGAACAGCCUGCUGCUGAUGAAGCAGUGAACAACCAGGUCAUCUGAUCUCUUUCCACCACAUGUUUCAUAUAUUCAACAUUUCAGACUUUCUGUGGGUGUGAAUGUGUAAAUCUGGCGGUUGAGGCUCUCGACCAUGAUGGUCUGCUCAUCAAUGCAAAAAAAAAAGUGGUUUGCGUUGAUCCUGAGAGUUAUUUUAUCUGUAGCACAGUUCCUGGUCGGGUCGCAUGAAAGGGUCAGACUGCUAUCCAAUUCAAAUAAUCCACCCUUUGCCAGGGAUGGUGAAUUACCACAAUAUUAAAGUAAAAUGAAAAUUACUUAAACUGCACUCAGAUACAAGUGAAAAGUAGAUCAAUUUAAGAAGGAGUGCCCGACGACACGAGUGUCAGUUUGCUUCCAUAGCGGCCGUCCGUUUCAAAAGAUGAUCUGUCACGAGAAAGAUUGUGUCCUUCCUUUAAUGCAUUUUACCGUGCAUUUGUUUCCGCUUUACACGGCAACCACUCAACUUCCUGUUAGUGGUCUGAAAGUCUCAACCAUCCAAAAAAAUUUGUUCACCCCAGAAACAAAUCAAACCGUGGUUCAGUUUGAUCCGGACUAACUCUUUUCGUCUGAACAACCGUGGUGCUGCGGAGGUGCAAUUUAUUUUGGGACCAAAGCAAAGACUCAUAACCACUACUCUCUCUCCAGAGACAUGUAACCUCUGACAUAUGUAGCAAUUGCAACUCUUCUAAAUGAGCGAAUUCUAUUACGUGAUUUGACUUUUCAAUUUAAGCUUCAAAAUAAAGAGCAUUAAAGGGAUAGUAUGCGAUUCUGCAGUGAGUUUAUUGAUGAACAAACUCAUGAACGCACAUUGCCAUGAUUACCAGUCCACUACUGCUUUUGGUGCACACCCGAGUGCGAUUUCUGCAUUCACCCAAACGAAGGGGGCAGGUGUGAAAGUGCCCUAAGACACGGAGUCUCGUUUAUUUAGCGGUAUGAAAAUCGAGAGGAGCUUCAAUAGUUACAAUUAGUGAACAAACAUCAUCAAACGGAACAAUAUGUGUAAGCUCACAAACGCAGAUCCAAAACAGAGUAAAAAACUAGUGACUGAUAAGAGUUGGGAAGCGCAGGAGUGACUGUUUAUCUCCAGGGCUGAAGUCAGUGCUAACUUUAGGGCGAACCUCCUUCACUCUUCAACAGUUGGCAGCAACACACAGGAGCUCCUCUUUAGUCCUGAGAAGCUGCAGUCUUUAUUCACCAGCCUCUGUAACCUCUACUGUACAUUUACUGCUGAACGAGGUGCUGACCCGUUUCUCUCUAUUCACACAAACGCUCCGUCUGUUCCUCCUCUACCGCACACACAUUGACCGCCGCAGCAAAGCUAACAAAGCUAACAAAAAUGUCUGACAGUAAAUAAAAAGAGCUGCGGACACUGCAGCAGGUGCAACACGCUUCAUUAAGCUACAUUUAAUAAGCUGCUACUUAAACAGCAGAAUAAAGCAUCAAUAAGGCAGCACAGAGAUCUAGAGACAAUAUAAACUCCACAGCAGCUUCAUGAACAGAUUAACCAGCUUUAAACAGCCACGGAUGUCUGAAAUGUCAGCAGACAAACCAAACCUGUUGAAACCAGGUGGAGAGAGGUGUGAGUGUCUCAGUUAAUGAUACAUUAUAUUUAUAAUCUAGAUAUUCCACUCAUACUAUUUCCUUUUCUAUAAGAAGCCGGUGAUGGGUCGUGUUAAAGGCUUGUGGUGUUUGCAAGGAUUUGAAGCAAAUUACAUUUAAAGGAGUUUUGUGUGAUUUAUGCAGAGGAGUUGACUAAACUGUGAGGACUCUUGAAAAUGUAGAACAACAACAAGACUAGUCCUGUAGUCAAAGCACCUGAUAUAACUCGGAGCCAAAGAGAACCUGGAGGACGACGUCGUCACUGACUUUGAACAGCUGGUUUACUUACUGAUUUAUUUUUACUGUAGAUAAAUUUCACAAGGGUUUUAACUUUAAUGCAUGCUGUGAAGUGAGGCAUGACGUCAAUGUUCAGCUGGACGUUUACUCACCUGAAUUCAUUAUAAUACAUUAUAAUUAACAAAACUUGAAACUGUGAAACAUAUUUAAUCACACUGACUUAAUAAAAGAAUCUUUGAAUGCAACAGAUGUAACAAAAACUUAUUUCAAUGAUUUGUGAAUGUAAAUUUGUUGGAGACAUUAAUGGUCUAAAGAUUUUAAUUUGAAAGCUGUUAAAGCUGCUUCUUUAUUGUUCUUCUGUUUGUAAAUGUAUAAUAAUUUUAACUUCAUAUAUACAAAAGUUAGUUUUUUGUUUUCUAACUGUCUUCCUGUUUCUGUCCAUCUGAAAGUGAUAAUAAACUGUAGCUUAUCUGAACUGA